AUGGGCUCCGUAUACCGCGAGCGGUUCGACGACUCCCGAACAUCAGUCUCGUCAAGCCGACGUGAUGGCGGGUACACAACGGUGAAGCGAUAUGUGGUGAAAGAAGAUGACAGUCGCUCCUCUGUGAGCCGGGACCGGCGGUUUGUCCCCGAACGUGCAGGUGAACGGGUCGAGGAGACCCGAAUCGUUCGCCGCGAGAUUGACGAACCCGUGCGCCGUGAAGAACCCCGCUACACAGAGCGUGAGUUGGUUAUCAAGCGCGAAAGAGAUGAGGAACCUCGGCGAGACUAUGCCUAUGACACAAGACGGGAGGAGCCUGUCGCAGAGCGGGAACUCGUCAUCAGACGCACCACUGAACGCGAGGACCCCCGUCGCGAUGAUUUCGAGGUGACUCGGUACGACGACCGCAAAGUCGUCGACACCCGCUUCCGGGACGACUACGAGGUGCUUUCGCCGCGUGGUUAUGACGACCGUGAUCUGCAACGAUACACCCGUACUACCGACUACUUCGCUCCCCCUCCCCCACAGACCAUCAUCAUUCGUCAAGAACCCAUCAUCAUUCGAGAGAGAGUGCGCGACGACGACUAUCAGAUCGUCCGCAAGUCGGACAUUGACGAAGAACGCAGCAUUGUCCGGCGAGACCCCCCACCUCGCUCGCCUCGUGGAGAAGAGGACUUUUUCUACGAGAAGAAAGUCAGAGAGCGCAUUGACGACCGACGCGACGAUGAUGACUACUAUGAACGCCGAAGCCGACGACGAUCCGUGAGUCCUCAUGACUCGGUGUCCCAACGAGGCCGCGACCGUGGCUACAGCAGUGAUGACAGCAUGGUUUAUGUCCGCAAAGAGGUCCGCGAGGAAAGCCCUAGUCCUGAGCGUAAACGGGGCCUCGCUGCCGGCGUCCUCGCUGGCGUUGGUGCUGCAGAACUUCUCCGAAAUCAUAACAAGAAGGAAGGUCGCGACGUCUCCCACGGUGUCGGCCGUGUCGGGCGUGAUAUUGGUGCUGGCGCUCUGGGCGCUCUUGCCGCCGAAGGCAUCCACCGUGCGAGGUCAAUGCACCGUAGUCGGAGCCGACACCGCUCUCGAUCUGGCUCCCGACAUCGCAGCAGGUCUCGGUCCUCAUCCCCAUCGAAGCUCAAGACCCUUGGAGCGGUCGGUCUCGGCGCUGCCGCCCUUGCGGCUGCCGCAACUAUUGCUUCCAAGCGCAUGAACAAGUCCAACGAUGACGGCGACCGGGGGCGUUCUCGCAGUCGAUCUCGCUCUCGACGCCGGAGGGAGUCUGUGUCAAGUCUCGAAAAUGAUCCUGAUGCGCCAUCUGACGAUGCGCGGAACCCCAAGCAUCGUAGAAACACCAUUGCAAAGGCUGGUGCGGGUGGCGCCAUCGUUGCAGCCUUGAUUGAACAUGCUAGGAGCAAGUCCAGGGCUCGAGAUGGCAAGGAGCGUUCCCGGAGCCGCAUCAGACAGGCACUUCCCGUUGUCGCUGCUGGGUUGGGUAGUGCCGCGGUCGCCGGGCUGUAUGAGAAACACAAAGCGAAGAAGGAAGCUGAAGAGAUCGCGGACGAGCGGCGUCGUACUCGCUCCAGGUCCAGAAGCAGGGCCAGGUCUGAGCAUGCGUACUACGACGGGCCACCCCAGGGUGCCGUCAAUGAUCCUGGGCUGAUCGAAUACGGAAAUGGACCAAUGUAUGGGAACAAUUUUGGCCCCGAUUACUAUGGGCGACCGCCGCCGCAAGAUGGAUACUAUUCGAAUGCUGUUGUGCCGGCUGCCGCCGGCGCUGCAGCCGGCUACGGGGCCCAACGCGGGACGAGAAGCAGAAGCCGGAGUUUGAGUCGUGAACGAGGUGGUCGACGAUCAUCCCGCAGCUCGAGUUCCUCGCCAGACCGGAGCAGACGCAGGCAUUCGCGGGACGCGGCAAAGAUGACAGCGGCUGCCGCAGCGGGAGCAAUCGGUGCCAGCGAGUAUGAAAAGAGGAAGCAAGAGAGACGUGAACGCCGCGCCAGAAAACGCCGAGAAGAGGAAGGAUAUGGCCGUGAUCCCUACGAGGAGAACUAUAACCCCGGUGCCCAAUAUGCUCCUACGCCGCCACCGCCUGCUCCCGUUAUCGAUCCUUAUGCUACUCAACAAGGGUUCUACCCUCAGACAAGCCAGUUCCCGCCGCCACCAGGAGCAGUACCUCAACAGUAUCCUCCGCAAGCGGGCCCCGGUGUAUCUCCAGCUGGGGCUGCCCCGUACCCUCCACAGAACUAUCCUCCCCCACCGCCUCCUCCUGGUGCUCCGCCGGCUCCUGCUCAACCAUACGACGCGUAUGCUUCUGGUGCGAACCCUUACGCACCACGUGGUCCUGAAAAUGUGAGUGCUGAGCCGAAUCCUAUAUUUGGCGAUCCUUUUGCACGUACUGUUCCCAGUAAUGACCAGACCCAUGUCCCAGAUGGUGUAAACCGUUCGGCGCCGGCUCCGGCUCCACCCUUCUCAAGUACACAGGCCCCUUCCUCCAACGACCCGACCAUCCCUCCGCCUCCGCCCCCCAACCCUCCGCGUCAGGAAACGUAUCCUCCGCCGACCGGACGAGCGUUCAAUUCGUCGAGACGCCGGAGGUUUCUGAUGCCGCAGCGGUCGAGUCUGAAGCGUCAAGUCCCGAACGUCACCGUCAUCGACACAAGUACUCACGCUCGCGUGGCUACGAAGCAGAGGACGACACAGACUCAACCCCAGACGAACAACGCCGAAGAAGCCGAGAACACUCCUCGCGAUCGUAUCCAGAUUCUGGCGAAAAUGGAGAUCGACGGCGGCAUCACCAUCGCCGGCGCUCCUAUGAACCAAGCUCAUCUCGAGGAGGCCCAGAACUCGAACGCGUAA